AUGGCUUCCGCUACUAAAUUUUACGACUUUGCACCUCUUGAUAAGAAAGGCCAACCAGUUCCCCUGGAGGAUUACAAAGGCAAAGUCGUACUCAUCGUCAAUACAGCUUCAAAAUGCGGCUUCACGUCACAAUAUGAAGGCCUUGAGAAACUGUACAAGGAUAUCAGAGAGAAGCAUGGCGACUCCUUCCAAAUCCUCGGCUUCCCCUGCAACCAGUUCGCUGGCCAAGAGCCCGGUUCCGAAGAAGAAAUCCAAACCUUUUGCCAAGUCAACUACGGCGUAACCUUCCCCAUCAUGGGCAAAUCCGACGUCAACGGCGCUAAUGCGAACCCCGUAUUCGAGUGGCUUAAGCAAGAGAAGCCUGGCCUGUUCGGAAUGAAGCGCGUGAAGUGGAACUUUGAGAAGUUCCUGGUCGGAAAGGACGGGAAAGUUAAGGAACGGUGGGCGAGUACGGCGAAGCCAGAGAGUUUGGAGAAGGCGAUUUUGGUCGAGCUGGCGAAGGCGGAGCCAAAGGCUUGA